AUGUCCGUUUACACACGGGCCUGCUCCGGGCCUCUCCUCGGCCGGAGCUCCAGAACUGCUGUGCGGGCUGCGCUGAGACGAAGAGCGGCUCCCAUGAGCUCUGCAGCGACGGCGACGGCGACAGCAACAAGCACAUCUGGGUUUGAGGAGAGUUUGCUGCAGGGCCGAGCGGAGUGGCAGCAGCCGGCGAGGUUUCUGGGGACGGAGGGGCUGAGCAUAAGGACGGGACCGAUGGAGCCCGCCCUCUUCACAGGCACCAUCUCCGACCACUUCGCCUCCAUCGUCUCCCUCCACGGCGACCGUCCCGCCGUCAUCGCCCGCUCACCUACAUCCUCUUCCUCCUCUUCCUCCUCCUCCUCUCUCGAGACAACCCUCACCUACCACGACCUCGACCGCACCUCCAACCGCCUCGCCUCCUCCCUCUCGUCGCUCGGCGUCCGCAAAGGCGACCGCGUGGCCGUCUCCCUCGGCAACACCGCCGAGUUCGCCGCCUUAACGUAUGCGCUCUUUAAGAUCGGGGCCGUGCUGGUGCCCCUGAACCCGAGCUUCAACGCCCAGCAGGUCGAGUCUGCGCUGGGCCACCUCGGCGCAGAGGUCCUCAUCAUCGGCGCCGUCACCGAUCUCGCCUAUCGCCCGGGAAGAGGCCGCAGCAACAGGGCCCUGCUGGAGAAGAUUGUAGGAGACGUCCAGCGCAAGGAUGGCGAUAUUCAGAGCGAAAGCGUGCCCUCGCUGAGACGGGUCAUUGUGGUGGACAACCGCGCCGACCACGACAGCAGCAUCGUCGACGACUUCAAACUCGAGCAGUACCGCGCGCUGGGCGACUACAGGACGCUGCUCGAGGGGGGCUCGGACCGCGCCGUCACGCCGGAUGCGCCGCUGCAUCCGCUGGACACAAUCAACAUCCAGUUCACGUCCGGGACCACGUCGGCCCCCAAGGCGGCGCAGCUUUCGCACACGGCCAUCCUCAACAACGGCGCCUUCAUCGCCGACCGCAUGGGCCUGGACGCCGCGGACCGCAUCGUCGUGCCGCCGCCGCUCUUCCACUGCUUCGGCUCCGUGCUGGGCUACAUGGCCACGGCCACGACGGGCUCCGCGAUCCUGUUCCCGUCGCCGGCGUUUGACCCCAUCGCCACGGUCCGCAUGGCCGCCGAGCACCAGGCUACAGGCCUCUACGGCGUCAGCACGAUGCUCGUCUCUGUCUUCGAGGCGCUGGACCACGCAGCUAAUAACCUGCCCGUGCCGCAGCACCUGCGCAAGGGCAUCGUCGCCGGCAGCAGCGUGCCCGAGUCGCUGAUGCGCAAGAUCUACCGCCGCCUCGGCCUCGACGACCUGGUCAUCUGCUACGGCAUGACAGAAACAGCGCCCGUCAGCUGCAUGACGAGGCCCUCAGACUCCCUGAAGCAGCGCACCUCGUCCGUCGGCACGCCCAUGCCGCACACCACCGUCAAGGUUGUCGACCCGCUGGACCGCAGCCGCGUCCUUCCUCUGGGCGAGCGCGGCGAACUCGCCGCCGCGGGCUACCUCGUCAUGAAGGGCUACUACGGCGACCCGGAGCGCACCGCUGCCGUGCGCCGCGCCGAGCCCGACGGCCGCACGUGGAUGUAUUCCGGCGACGAGGCCGAGAUGGACAGCCAGGGCUUCGUGCGCAUCACCGGCCGCAUCAAGGACCUCAUCAUCCGCGGCGGCGAGAACAUCCACCCGCUCGAGGUCGAAGACUGUCUCUUCCAGCUGCCCGGCGUGCAGGAGGUCAGCGUGGCGGGCGUGCCGGACGAGAGGCUCGGCGAGGCGGUCGCGGCGUUUGUCAUUCCCAGCGAAGGCUGGACGACGGCCGAUGCAAACAACAUCGAUAACAACGACGAAGCUGCCAGGAGAUUAACAAAGGAGAACGUGCGGCGGUGGGUGCGCACAAACUUGUCGAGCCAUCUGGUGCCCAAAUAUGUGUUCUGGGUCAAAGACUAUCCCAAGACGGCGAGCGGCAAGAUUCAGAAGUUUAAGCUGCAGGAUAUGGCCAAGGAGAUGCUCGAGGAGGGGCUGUGA